UCCUCUGCAGCUGGCAAUGCUGUGUGUCACGUCUGUGGUAGUGGUGUAACAGGCAUGAGCAGCCUUGCUGCAGUCCCGUCACAGUUUUGGCAAGGAUGGAUGUAUCCAGGAGGUCUCAGCAUCCCACCUGCAGCUUCUGGGAAUGCUGGAUCGUGGUCUGCCUCUCCCUGGCAUUACACCAAGAUCAGAUAACUGCUUACACAGUUUCAGCCCUGCAUUCAAAGUAUAUUUGUCCUGCAGGGCAGGAUGUAAACCUUACAUGCUCCAUCACUGGACACCCAAAGGAUCAGCACCACCAACUGACCAUACACUGGACUAUCAUUAAGGAAAGAAACCCAGACUGCAGCGAGAAGAAACAUGUCCAGAACAUGGCCAACAGCAGCCAUCACAAAGCUCCCAAAUCAGCCCCUUUACACAGCAAAGUAUUUCAUAGGACUCUUACGAAUAUCUCCCAUGAGGACGGUGGUGGCUACUGCUGUAUUCUCUUUGAGAAAGAUAAACAUCAUGCACAUGUAGCUCACAGUUAUAUAGAGCUUCAGGUGAAAACAGGUGAUACAAAUCUUCAGGUGUGUUCAUUUGAUGAAAAUAAUGAUGGCACAACAGCAGCAGCUUUGGCAAUAUUGGCCUGUAUCAUUGGAAUCCUUUGUCUGCCUCUUAUACUAGUACUAGUCUAUAAACAAAGAAAAGCAAUCACCAACAGGCGAGCUCAGGAACUGGUGAGAAUGGACAGUGAUGUACAGGGUUUAGAAAAUCCUGUCUUUGAUGAUCCCCCUGCUGGUAAUCUUGAACAGAGGCCAAGACUCAUCUUCAUGGCUAGCCGACAGCAGUCAGAUACAGGCCGUCACCUGCUCUCUGAACCCAACACUCCUCUAUCUCCACCGGGCCCAACUGAUGUCUUCUUCCCAUCUCUUGAGCCAGUGCCAGAUUCUCCUGAUCCUAUGUUUAAUGAAGACUAUAACAAAACAGGAAAUCUACAACUUUGAAGAGAAAAAGGAGCAUUCAUCCAACUUUUAUUUAAAUCUUCAGGACUUUCUAAUUUGUAAAAAACAAACAGCCCUUCAUUGCUGAAUACAGGAAGAAACUAUUGUUUUGUAUAAGGAUUCUAAACCUGGACUGACAAUCCUAACAUACUGUACUGUAUGUAUAUUCCCUGCCUGUUACCUAAAUUGGUUGAUAAACUGUUUAAAGAUGUCAUUAUACAGCUAUGACAGGUAGCAAAAGGAGUAUAAAAGGAUGGAAUUCCUAAAACAUUACCAUACUGCCCAGCGAUAUAGCCAUUGCACUAUAUCUGGUAGUGUGCAUUCCAUAUUUUCUGCAAAUGAGAAAAUGAUAUUCAACAUUAAAUUAUAGCCUGUGAUACCACAGCAAUUUUAAGGGAUACAGGUUGAGUAUCCCAUAUCCAAAUAUUCUGAAAUACGGAAUAUUCCGAAAUACGGACUUUUUUGAGUGAGAAUGAAAUAGUGAAACCUUUGUUUUUUGAUGGCACAAUGUACACAAACUUUGUUUAAUACACACAGUUAUUAAAAAUAUUGUAUUAAAUGACCUUCAGGCUGUGUGAAUAAGGUGUAUAUGAAACAUAAAUAAAUUGUGUGAAUGUAGACACACUUUGUUUAAUGCACAAAGUUCUUAAAAAUAUUGGCUAAAAUUUACUUCAGGCUGUUUGUAUAAGGUGUAUAUGAAACACAAAUGCAUUCUGUGCUUAGACUUAGGUCCCAUCACCAUGAUAUCUCAUUAUGGUAUGCAAUUAUUCCAAAAUACGGAAAAAUCCGAUAUCCAAAAUACCUCUGGUCCCAAGCAUUUUGGAUAAGGGAUACUCAACCUGUAUAGGGCUGGAUUUAAUAAGCCGCAGCAGCUUCUCUGUGUGUAUCACCACAAAAUUUACAAUAUUAGUGAAGCUUUACAUUUUGAAGUUCAACACACUGAGAAGUGUCAGUUGCUUAGGAAAUCUAGCCUAUAGACCAGGGCUGGCCAAACCAGUCCUCGAGAUCUACCAACAGUUCAUGUUUUCCAGGCCUCCUGGAGAUCUGUAGAAUUGUCAGUUGGGAAUGAAUGCAGCACAUCUUUUAAUGACUACACCUGUGCACCAGCUAGGUGGUCUGGAAAAUGUGAACUGUUGGUAGAUCUCGAGGACUGGUAUGGCCAGCCCUGCUAUAGACUAUUUUUAAAUUCUAGGAGAACAGGAUGAAACAUAACAAAUGUAAAGCUAUGUUUCAAUUACUAGCAUUUUUGUUAUAUUUUAAAAAAUAAUAAUAAAAAUAAUAAAAAAAAAACCCUUUAAGACCAAGAAAAAUAUAUUUCAGUAUAGUCAGCAGCAGAAAUUAAUCAUACAAAAAUACAGCAGUCUUCUGGUUUUUAGAACAAACUGCUUAUUACCAGAUAUCCGCUACACCGUAUGAAAAGUUUUGCCUGUAACUUAAAAUGCCCUAUUUAGUUCUUGCCGGAUCCAGUUUAUUAUUUUGCUUUAUUUUUUUUUUUUUUGUAUCAUUGUUAUUUGAGUUAAGUGUCUCAACGGUGUGAAUUCUAGCCACAAUACAAGUCUAAAGUGCAAAUCUCCUGGAAAAGCAAGACAAAUAAAUGAUUUCCCAGAAAUGGAUUAUAAGAAUAUAAAAUAAUAAAUAUAGACUUUAAAUAUAUUUAUAAUAUAAAUGUAUAAUAUUUUGCAUUCACCAGCAAAUGCUCCAUCCUCCUCUUUAAUAGUAAUUAUUUGUACAUGUAUUCCAUGAAUGAAAAGCAUUACAUAGGCAAUAUUGUCCUAAUGGUGGCACUUAGUAACAUUUCAUUGUUGCGUCCAAAUCAGCAUGGACUUAAAGGCUGCACUAGCCACACUGUCUAUUUUACAACAUUUGCAGAUUUUUAACCUUUUCAAUGCAAGAACUUAUCUGCAAUAUAUCUACUAAUUUACAUUUCAUGUAUGUUUAAAGGCUAAAAUGUGUUUUUAAUCAAAAUCUUUUAACAUGCUUUUAUGGGGCAUACGUAUCAAAGGGCUUGGGGUCAGGUGAUCGGCGGUAGGGAUCCCGGAAGUCAGCAUACCGACGACAGGAUCCUGGCCGGCAGGGGGGAGAGCGCAAUGCAGCCCCUUGCGGGCUCGCUGUGCUCACCACAGGUUCUAUUCCCGCUCUAUGGGUCCCCUGCGGCAUUUUGGCGGCCGGGAUCCCGACUGCUGGUCACCUGACUACAUCCCGUAUCAAAGCUAGGAGAGAGAUAAAGUACCAACCAAUCAGCUUCUACCUGUCAAUUUACAGGCUGUGUUUAAAAAAUGAAAGGAAGAGAUUCGUACUUUAUUUCUUUCCAAGCUUUGAUUCAUAUGCCUCAUGUCAAUCAAUGCACAUAACUGGGUGGAACAGCAAUAUGUGUUCAUAUUUAAAUAUGAAGAGUAAUCACACAUGGUUUGUUAAACAAUACAUCACUUCCUAUUAAAAUAUUUUUUAUUUUUGCUUUCGG